GUAACAAUAUUAAUAAAAAGAAGAAGAAGAAAAAAAAAAGAGAAAAAAUAAAAAAAAAAACAAACAAACAAGUGAGCAAAGUUACGUUCCAAGAUAAAUUAUUGGCUGUGCGUUUAUAACGUAAACGAUAGUGUUCAUCGGUGGUUGUAUUGAUAUAUAUAUAUACAUAUAUAUACACACACACAUAUAAAUAUAUAUAUAUAUAUAUAUAUGUAUAUAUACCAAAUACUAAUAUCGAUUCGUUUUGAAGAGCCGAGAGUAGAAAAAAAAAAAAAUAAAAAAACGAAGAGAGUGGGGAAAUACGGAAAAAGAGAAUUGUGAGUGUGUUUAAAAGAAAAUUUUUAAACAAAUAAGAUUUAAUAUAUAAAAAUGUUUGCAAGAGGGUGUGAUGAUCUAUUUGUAAUCAAAAUUAAUAUUUAACAAUUCGCGUGUUUACUUUUAUUUUUUAUUUUACCGAAAUCGAUUCAAUUAUCGAUUAUCGAUUGUUAUAUACAUUGCAAAGUAUGUGCAUGUAUAUAAUAAAAAUAAAUUAACGCACGUGUGAUACGUAAUUAAUACUGUCAAUAUAUUCGGCGCGUAUUCAAUUAUCGUGCUGUUAAAUGAGCAAUAAACAAGUUUUAAGUCUUUCUAUUCGUCUUCUUUAAAGUUUAAGAAAAAUUAAUAAAAAGAAGAAAAAAAAAGAAGAAGAAGAAGAAGAACGUGUUCGGUGAUAAAUCAAGAAAAAAUUAACAACAGGUGUGUUCUUUCUUCGUUUAAACGACACAGUCUGGUUCUACUUAUAUUUUUGGAAAUUACGAUUUUGUGUGUGAAAUAAAAUUAAAAACAGAAAAAAAGAAUAAAAAAUAAAAAAUAAAAAGAGGGGUGAAUAGACGACAAGAUGGCGUUCGCCGCGGCAAGAAUGAUCCUCAAGGACAAGCGGCGAAAGGCCAGCAAAGAAGACUUCGCACCUCGUAACAGAAGCAAGGCCCGCAGCGCCAGUACAAGUAGCUUUAGAAGCCUGAGCCAGGCACGCAACAAGCCAGCCGAUGGAGUAGGCCACGUAAAUCAGAAAGGUGCGGCCGGUCAAAAGGCACCGCUUGCUGGUGGACAAAAGGGUGCACCUGGUGCCAAGGUUGCGACUAAACCAGCUCAGAAGCCAUCUGCACAAAAAGGACAGGUCAAAGUUACCCCUAAGGCUGCCUCCGUUAAAACGGGAAAGAACAAAAAGAAAGGCCAGAGGCAACAAUACGAUCUCAUCGUAACCAUAAACUUGUCCGAGUAUGGUCUCACGGAGGAUCAAGUCGCUGAAUUCAAAGAAGCAUUUAUGUUGUUCGACAAAGAUGAGGAUGGUACAAUCACCAUGGCGGAACUUGGAGUGGUCAUGCGAUCAUUGGGACAGAGACCAUCCGAUACGGAAUUACGAGACAUGGUGAAUCAAGUUGAUCAAGACGGUAAUGGUACCAUCGAGUUUAAUGAGUUCCUGCAAAUGAUGUCGAAAAAAAUGAAGGGUGCAGAUGGAAAAGACGAGCUACGCGAAGCGUUUAGGGUAUUCGACAAGAACAAAGACGGCCUGAUCUCUUCUAAAGAAUUACGUCACGUAAUGACAAAUCUAGGAGAAAAAUUGUCGGAGGAGGAAGUCGACGACAUGAUCAAAGAGGCAGACCUUGAUGGCGAUGGUAUGGUUAACUACGAAGAAUUCGUGACGAUCCUGACGUCGAAAAAUUAGUUUGUCAAUCGAAAAUAAUUAGACGAUAUUGAGAUGAUAACUACGAGAGAAGAAGAAGAAGAAGAAAAUUAAUAUGAAAAGAAGGAAGCACGCAAAGUUCCUCGCCAGGGUCGUAGAUAGAAAAAAAAAAUAAAUAAAAAUAAUAAUAAAAAAGGACAUUUAUCGUGAAAUCCCAGAGUAAUUAAACCGCAGCAGCAAGAGACAGCAGCAGCAG